GUAGACUCUGACUCUCCAUGCCCGGGAGACCAAAACGUGGAGACCAAGCUCCGAAAUGCUACGUCACCUCAUACGUAGUCAUCAUCCAAAUCACUAGCUCGAGCUACACCUCCACCUCUUUAACACCCAGCCACCCGCCCUCUCUCACUCUCAUCCCCACUCCCACAGCCACUGCCAUAGACUCUUGUAUUGCUCCUGCCCUCAUAUUCAUAUCCCAUCCCCACUCAUCGUAAUGGAUCAUCCAAAAGGGACCGUCAUCUUCAGCACCGUUGGCAGGCCCUACUACGGCUUCGAUUUAUUCGCCCUCCAACUCCAACCCAAACCCACCCUCACCCUUGGCUCUUCCUCCGAGAUCUGCCUCAGCGAUGGCCUUUCCAUCAAUUUCAAUGGCCAGUUCGUUGACAACAAUCACACCUUCGUCUUCAUCUCUGAGAGAACCGGCUCUCCCAGGAUUUACCAGACUCGACCAGGACUUUCCAAUCCCCAAUUGUUGCCUUCCGUCCCCGAAAGCCUCUUCCACGACCGUCCCAUCGUCAAGAAUGGCACCCUCUAUUUCACCUCCGCUCACGAACCCCCCCAUCGUCCUUUCGACAGCUGGUCCGCUCUAUACGCCGCCGCGCUCGAUGGCAAUAAAAUCACCAGAUUAACUCCCUAUGGUUCUGUCGAUUACAGUCCUGCUGUUUCUCGCUCCGGAAAAUUCGUAGCCGUGGCGUCCUAUGGCUCACGCCCUUGGGGUGGUGAAUUUCACGAGCUCUGCACUGAUAUUGUUGUUUUCCAAGAAUCCGAGCCUACCAAACGUGUUCUGCUGUCCCUAAGAGGCGGAUGGCCCACCUGGUCCGGUGAUGAUGUAAUUUACUUUCAUCGCCAAGCCGAUGAUGGCUGGUGGAGCAUUUACCAAGUUGAUUUUCCAGGAAACCUCGAAUUUUCUGGGCUUCCAAUCCUUCCGGUCCGAGUCACGCCACCUGGGGUCCAUUGCUUCACUCCAGCGGCUAUGCACGACGGCCAACGGAUUGCCGUUGCAACACGGCGGCGUGGCAAUAACUUUCGGCACAUUGAGGUUUUCGACGUUGAAUCGAAGAAAUUCCACCCGAUUACAGGGUCAAUAAACCCCAAUUUCCACCAUUACAGCCCCUUUGUCUCUCCGGAUUCCAAAUUUAUCGGGUACCACCGUUUCCGGGGCGAGUCAGUCCCUGGUGGUGAGUCAGUAAUUCCGCGUCUGGAUCCAGUAAGGUCUCCGAUUAAGGAACUGCGGAUGCUGAGACUCAACGGUUCUUUCCCGUCUUUCUCGCCGAAGGGUGAUCUCGUUGCAUUCAACCCCGACUUCGAUGUGAACCCCGGCGUAAAGAUAGUCAAAUCGGACGGCUCCGAGUGCUGGACGUUAAAGAUAGUCAAAUCGGACGGCUCCAAGUGCUGGACCUUACUCACUGGCCGCACAGCAUUCUGCAACUCCUGGAGUCCGUCAGAUUCUGGGAAACACGUGAUAUAUACAUCUGUGGGCCCCAUCUUUGAAUCCGUAAAAGCAGCUGUCCAGAUUGCGCGAAUCACAUUUGACCCAUCGGAUCUCGUUGACGAUCGCAGUGACAUCCCAUGCGAUGUAAAGAUCCUCACAGGGGAAGACACGGGGAAUAACGCCUUCCCUUCGUGCUCGCCGGAUGGCAAGUCGCUGGUGUUCCGAUCGGGAAGGUCCGGGCACAAAAACCUCUACAUUCUCGAUGCUCUUAAUGGCGAGUUGGAGGACCGUGCCGGUGUCCGCAAAUUAACGGAGGGUCCAUGGAUUGAUACGAUGCCAAGCUGGUCGCCCAAAGGCGAUCUCAUAGCAUUUUCUUCUAAUAGACAUAAUCCGGAUAACGCGGAGGCUUUCAGCGUCUAUGUUAUCAAGCCCGACGGCUCUUGUUUGAGGAGGAUCUACGUGGCAGGGCCAGAGGGAUCGGAUGACGCGGAUAGGGAGAGGAUAAACCACGUGUGCUUUAGCAAGGAUGGAAACUGGCUGUUGUUUACGGCUAACUUAGGCGGCGUAACCGCUGAGCCUGUGUCGUGGCCCAACCAGUUUCAGCCUUACGGGGAUUUGUACAUGGUGAGAUUGGAUGGCAGUGGCUUGAGGAGGCUGACGUGGAAUGGAUACGAAAAUGGGACACCAGCGUGGAACUCCGAAGAUGAGUUGGACGUGGACCGCUUGUGUUUGGAGGGUGGUGUUGGAGACGUUCUCAAGGGUCAGUUUGACGAGCCUCUAUGGAUUUCCUGUGACUUCUAAUUUUUUUUUUUUUUUUUCCUUUCUUCUGUAACUUGAUGGAGCUUGUUGUAUUGUUUGUAAUAUUGCAUCCAAUUUUUCUUUUUUUCUCAUCGUUUUGGAAAAAUAUAUAUAUAUAUAUAUAUAUAUGUGUGUGUUUCUGAAUAAGACAAUAUGUAAUUGGCGAAUAAAUGCAUUAUAAAGAAAAUUACAAUAUAUUAGUUAAAA